CUACUGUACGCUAACCACCACCACUACUACCACCACCAAAACUCCCCUAAUUUGUAUGUGGACUCAUAUAUGGCGAAGACCUUAUGGAUCGCUAGUACGAACCACUACGCUACGACGAACUCAACCGUUUCAUAAUUGUCUGUGGGUAAGCAAAGCAUAUUUUGAUGAGAACUCAUCGAGUAUCAAGACAAGAGUUAAAAAUAUAUUCUACAACUACAUUAAGGAACAGGCAGAAGUAUUGGUGGGUCCUGAUUCUUCAUUGUCCGAUACUGCCAAUGAGUCAGUGAAUAAGUUCUUCCAACAAAAUCCUGCUAUAGCUCAUCGAGUUAAUACUGCGUUAGAUAUUGAUAAUAAAUUAUUUACUAUCCUAUCAUGUAAAGCAGAAAUGGUACCGAGUUCAGUAUAUAUGUAUUUCUAUAAUAGACUAGAAACACCACCAUCGAAUACUAUUAAGGAAUUAUUAUUACUGAGAUUAGUAUACCAUGAAGACUAUACAAAUUGUUGGAAAAUCUGUCAAGAGACUGAUACAACUCUUACGGAAUUUGAAGACUUUAUAGAUAUAUGUUCAAGAGUAUUUGAAGAUAAAUGUGAUAUGUAUUAUGGUCCCUAUAAGUUAUUAUUCUCAUUAAUAGACGAUAUCAUUAAUCUGACACUUCGAAAGCAUAUCAUCGAUGUGAUAUGCUUUAAGUUUGGCAUAUCUAAAUUGACUAUCCAACAGGUAUUGGAAAUACGUACUAAUCUACAAAGUGUUAGUACCAAAAUUCAAUUGGAACAGGUAUAUUUGGAAUCCAAUCAACCUCAUCAGUACCCAAUAGUUUUGGUAUUAGUAUUACGUAAAUUAAUCCAAGUAUCGGAGACUAUAGAGGAUAUAGAUGAGAGUCCGAUAUUACAAUCUAUUCAUCAACAUAUAAAUACACUACUAAGUAGACAGGGGACUAUGAGUAGUCUUAUUGAAACCGAACCAACCAAUUCACAAUUAAUGAACCAUCUCCUUCAGGUGCUUAUUCAAACGCCUCAUAAAUCAUGGAGAUUCAAUCACAAGGAUAUCGUUCAACUCCUUGAGAUAUUUCCUUCAUCAUUGUACUCUACCGUGUACGACAUUUGCAUACAACUGACAAAACAAUUAGAUCCCCAAGCAUUGAAUACCAUAACUAAAGGAUUACUUGAACUGGAGAAUAUACCUGCAAUUUAUGAUAUAUUAUAUAGACACAAUGGUUCACUUAGUAUAGCCAACAUCUCGCAAGGAUUACGAAUGAUAAUGACAUAUAGUAAGCAACAAGGCUUUACAUUAAUAGAAGCAUUUACAAGUCAAUUAAGUGAAGAAACUUAUAAUACCGUUAUGGAAGAAUUCAUAUUAACCAAACUCAAUUUCUCUACAGAUGAAUUAGAAACACUUUGUUUAAUACUUAAUAGACAACAGUCAAAAAGAAGUAUGGGUAAUUUACUUCGAGUUAUACAUCAAUAUGGCAUAGAUCCAACACAAAUCCUUGAACUCUAUGAGAAAUUGAUUACUAAUAAACGUAUCGUAUCAUCUAAAAUACUAUUGGAAAUCAAUCGAUCAAUGGUUCUUCGAUAUAAUAGUAUAAAUACCGAAUUGAAUAGUAAAUGUUUUGCUAAAUUAAUCGAUAUAACAUUCCCCAUAGCAAUUCCUGAAGAAAGACUUGCAAAUAGAGGUACAGGACAUAAAUUAUCAUCUCCAUUACGGAAACGAUUAGCAGUUUUUCAUAAUACUAUGAGAGCUAUAGGACAAACGAUUGCAUUAACUAAUCUAGAUGAUAUUGAUACACAUAUCCGAUUAAUUGUCAAUAGUAUUGCAACUGAUGACACAUACCUCAAGUAUACUCCAUUACAACAAAAAUUUAUACUAGACAAUUAUAUUGAUGAAGUAAUGAAAUUUCUUAGUAAAACCAAACUUAAUCAAUGUGAAGAAAUAAUCCCCAUGAUUCGACAAUUAUCUAAGAUACUGAAAGAAGUGGCAGAUCCUCUUAGAAAAUGGAUGUUUAAAAUUAUUGUCCUUGAUGAUCCUCUCAAAUGUAUUAAAUUACUUCGAGUAUUUGAAAAUAAUAAGAGAAUCAUUUCUAAUCUGAUUCCCGCCAUAAUUUCAGGAAUUCUUACUAAUACAAAAUAUAAUAAUGAUCAAAAGAUAUAUAUAUUAAAAGAGUUUUUCAAUACGAUAGAAGUGUUGGGGUAUAGACAUCGAGUUCGAUAUUCUACGGGAGUAGAAUUGGUUAAAUUAUUUCAAAAAUAUCAAUUAUCACCUGAAUCAAUCGAAUGGUUUAAUGACAUUUCAAACAAACAUAGUAAUUUAAGACAAGUUAAAUUGAAGUAUAACUAUAUAUCCUAAUCUGUUAAAGGUUUCUUGUAUAUAUUUGUUUUCAGACAUGAAUAGAAGGUUUAGUUUCUUCUCUUGGAUCUCAUUCUUCUAUUAGUGAACUAAAUGUAGACGUUAGUAAUUCUCUUCAAUAAUAUUAAUGACUUCAAAA